UCAUUUGUUCAGUUCUCAGGUAUAAAUAGACCCACUCUGUGGGCGCGUGGCUCAUUCCGUCCGUCGUCUCGGAACAGUGCAGACUGAAUCUCGCUCGUGUAUUUCGUAACCAUCCAACGCGCAGUCGUCGUAGCGACACACGCGAGCUAGAUACAGUCGUACCGUUUGAGAUGGCUGCGGAAGAUGCUGAAGAGAAAGGACUUUGGGAGCUUGGAAAUGAGAAUAAGAAAUAUCGCUGUGAUGCAUGUACAAGCCAUAUCUCCAGGACACUCGGGCCCUGAUAGACUACUUGGCUUUCAUCGUCUUGGUUUGUAGAACUGUAUCGAAACCAAAGAAAAAUCCUUGUUACUUAGAGUAAAGAUACACUUAAACUAUUCGCAAAGUACAAAGGAAGGAUUUAUGAUGAAUUUACAAAGAACUAAAAACAUUGUUAUAUCGCUCAAUUUCUAACCUUUUGUAAGUUUUAUAUAAAUUUUGUAAUCCACGUACAUAUACAUCUGUAGCGUUAAUCGUUAAAUAUUAAAUUAUUGUAUAAGAGAAAAAGUGAUAACUGAAAAACGGGUGAUAAUAGUUUCUCUGUUGUUUUAUAUAUAAUUAACUUUGCAUGACUCUCAAUUGUAUAGCAUAUCAAGAGAUUUACACUCGUAAUUGUUUAUCACAGUUAUAUAAAAAAAUAUUUUUUUACUUCCUAUACGUAUUGUGAGAUUUAUUAUAGUACUACUAAUACCAUAGCAGUAUUGUUAUACAUAAUUAUUCAAAAUUUUCAGGGUAAUUUACUUAUAAAUUAUGUGUAUAAUUUUAUUACUGACAAUUUUUUAAUAUUUUAUGCUAUUUAGGAUUCAGGUAACAUAAUUGCAAAUUUCUUAUAAUAGUCAAUAAAAACAUUGUGAUAUUAAUAUAUAACAAUAUUCCUUAUAAAUACAAAGACUGAUGUAGGCAAGGAAAUAAACUGUUGGAGCUGUUUAAAAUAAAUAAAUACAUUUGUAAAAUAAACUAACGAAGUAAAAUUAUUUUUUCAUAACUUCUCUAUUCACCAAGAUAUUAAUGUCAUCACUACUUUUCAGUCUGGCAUAUACACACUAGAAAACACAACUUAUUGCGAACAAGAGCUAUUGGCCGCCAACGGGGACGACGCCGUCGUCGUCGUCGUCGUCGUCGUCGUCGUCGUCAUCGUCGUCUGCUUAGAAAACUUGUACCUAUAAAAUUGCGGUGAGAUAGAAAGCGAGAGGGAAGGAAAUAGAGGAGAAUGGAAAAAUGGAGGGAGUAUAUUUGUGUUUCAACGGAGAGAGGUGCAAGAGGGAGGGAAAAAGUCUUUGUUUCUAGAAGCUGGUUCAACCGGCGCACAGGCAAAAUUACCCCACGUGCAAGCUGUCAUGAUAACGAGCUCGUCUGCAUGAUAACCGUGACGAUGAGAGGUGACUUUCAUCUGGUGAGCUUCUACACUCCCACUUUAACCGAAUCAGCCGCGUGUUCUCCCAGCUCCAGAACCGUUUCUGUCCGGAAUAAUAUAGGGGAUCAGGCUCUCCAUGGUCCCCGUUACCCCCGGGAGUCAUAGGUGCACUUCAAGUAAGAUAAUUCGCUAUGCAAGCAUGCGAACGACUUUAUUCGAGAGAGUGACUGAAAGUUCUUCCUUCUAUCUGGUGUAAAAUAUCAUGUUAUACCAUAUAUAUCGCCCCGCGUUGCCAUAACCGUGUGUCCAUAGAUUGGCGAUCUGUGCCACAUCCGCCACGAAGAGAUCACGACCAGGAUAGGGCGUUAAUGCGUAUGUUUUAGAUAUUUGAAGAACAUGAGAGAAACAUUUGAGAGAUAAAGACUGAGGAAACGGAAAAUGCAAAGUGGAAAGAUAUAGAAUAAUAUAUGUGUACGUGAGAGCGUCUGUUGCGUGUGAGAAAAGAAACAGGUGUUAGGGUUAUUUCGACUUGGUAACAUUCAUUUCAACUUAAGAAUUGAGCUUAUUUAAUUUCUAAUAGAUGAUUGUGAAUCUUAAUAUCAUUUUUCUAAAAUAUUGUCGAAUUUCUCGAUCGCGAGGGGUCUCUAAAGAUUCGAGGAUUCAAGAGUCCGGAGAUUCGAGUAUCCAGGGACUCAGGAUUCUUCGCACACGUCCACGGAAUCUAAACCAUGCAAAGCUUUCGGAAUUGAGGCACUUCGAAGUCCAGGAAUCUCGGAAUCCAAGAUCUUGGUAUUCACUGGUCUCGGUAUUCAAACAUAAGUCCAAAUCUAAGUACGAAAAGGAAGUCAAACUUGAGGCGAGUCGAAGAAUCUGCCACGGAGAGUAUUACAAAGGACGAGUGUAAGAAUAUACAGGAGUGAAUGUCUAAUAUAUGAAAAGGAUACAAAGAGCAAAAGAAGCAUAUUGCUAUUCAUGCGAAUACUAGUCACACUGGGCUUUCUCUGUUUGAUAACUCGGAUGAUAAGUACAUUUAUGUGUUUAUAUGGACUUGCAUUGAUAUUCAGCAUUUCCAAUUGCUUUAUAAUAGGCUAUAGACAACACUUAGAACAAGACAACGAUCUCGGUUUGGUAACGAAUUUUCAAGCAUUUAACACUGAGAUUACAUUGAAAUUCUCGAUAACAUACUAGGAUUUUCCUUAUGGUCAGGGCGGGAGGGAGGGGAGGGGGUUUGCAAAUGAGACAAAUCUUUUUGGCUACAGAAAGUUGCGUGCGUGUGGAAGAUCUCAUCAGAUUCAAACAGUGGUGACUGGCGAAGAGUGCAGUUCGAGUUACUCGAGAUUUUACCUAAUAUCAACCAGAUAUCACCUCAAAACAUCAAAGAGAAAGAGAGAGACAGGCAGGGAAAAUAUGAAACACAUUCUGGUGAAUGUAAGAGUAAUGAAGAGUAAUGCAGCGUGUUGAACGCGGACGUCAAAGAAGCUUGGUUUGAUGGAUGGCUCGAGAGACAAAGUUUUUUUCUACAUAAAUUUAUUUGUGCUAGUGUAACUAGCUAUCGUUCCUUGUUCUAUAAUCAUAAUUCGUACUUAUCUAUGUUUAUUGCGAAUUGUUCUGUUCCGUUCUUUUUGUGUUUCACACAGCAGGCGGCAGAACGAAAGAGCUAAAACCCCCUUGGUAAAUUAAAGAAACGGCACAUCUCGACAUCUCACUACUCGCACGUCUAAUCGACAAACUGUGUAAGGCUGUAAACAUUAUUCGAUCAUCAUCGGGAGGUACAUGCAUAUCGGUCAUCUUGGAGAAUUCGUGAGUCGCGUGAAAAACCACUGGAGGUAACGAGAGAUCGUCGACGAUCCAUAGCAUUUGUACUCUGAAGCAGAGGUAACGUUAGAAGGGAUUUCGGGGAGGGGAGGGGAGACAAAACAAUGUUCUUCUGAGUCACAGGAUGACACAACGCCGCUUCACACGAUGACGGGGAAAAGUGUGCUUGGAGGGAUUUUUUAACUACUUCAAGACAAGUUGGGAAAACCUUCUUCCAGACCGUUAGACAUAACAAUUGAGACAGUCGCUUUGCACUUGACGAAGUCGGGUUAGCCCUGGUGAGGUGUACCUUCAUCGCAAUCCACAAAACAUGCAGGAAAAUUUUAUGAGCACGCGUUAAACCCAGGAAUCUAAGCUAUGAGGGCCACAGAAUAGGUUGAACUUAAGGAUCUAAUCAUCCAAGGACUCGAAAAUUCAAAGGAGAAUUCAAGUCUCAAAACUCAAAAAUCUAAAUAUCCAAGUGUCUCUACGAGACUUUCUCUUCCAUCCAACGACAGAAUUUUCUUAGAUAAAUACUCUUCCUUUCAGAUCUUCACUUCAAAAUUUCAUCAUUAAUCGGAACUGAAUUACUUUAUUGCGGAGAUCCGCGUGAUAUUCAGAAAUUUUACUUUGUAAAGGAGAUAUAUAUUUCAUUAUGAUCACACGUCGAUCGUCUGGCACACAGAUUUAUGUAUUUAUAAUUAUUUACUUAUUUAAUAAGUAAAAUUUGUUCAUGGUGGAACGAUUUUGUAUCGAGACAAAACGUAUCACAUGACUUCAUUCGAAAGAUAAAUGACGAAAUAUUGACGAAAUCUUCAAGCUCGAGGAAAGGAAAUUCCUUACUACUGCAUGUAGUUUUCAGAAGAUCUCAACUUUAGAAGGUAUUGAAAAAGAGGUAUAUCAUAUUUUAUAUUCAUUAUAAUUUACCAGAUAGUAAACAUAUAGGUAUCAUAUAGGUCCAUGUAUAUUUUCUGGGGUUGUGCCGAGGGAAAGGGGGAGGGAGGGGGGGACAAAACUAUUUUAUUUUUUCCACAGAAACCUGUUAUUUGAAACCAGUAUUUAUUGUCGCGUCCGGAAUGUGUUCUAUCUACAAAAUUAGAACGAUUUGAUUGUCGAAGACGAUGUUCCUCAAUGUGAUACCUUAUAUCAUGUCUCUAAAUGGCAACGAUUAACAAAUGGACAAAAAACAGUGAUUUGACAAGAUGGAUUUGGCACUUCAGCGGAAAAACCAGCAAGUUUUUAAGAAUGUCUGUUAACACGAGGUCUUGGCAAAGUGAUCGUGAACAUUAAGAGCUUCAGAAGCGAGUUAUGAAUAUAUAUCAGAGUACAGUAGAAACCAGGAUCCAAUAGGGAUCAUCGAUCUGUAAGUCUCUUUGCAACAUCUGAAAUAAGCGUCUUCUGGGGAAAUUGUAGUGUGAGAAGGGGGCGGGGGGAGGGUACUAAUUCUGCAGGAUAUUCGAAGCGUUUCAGAGAGCCGCGACAUAGUUAAAGUCCGGAACCUUUUAUCUGGGAAUCACUACCCUCAUCUUAAAAAGCAGAUUCGCGGAAUCGUAGAAGUCAUACGUAUGGCCGAUCGACUUCGAGGACGUGUGCUUCCUUCCAUCUGCUCGUUGACGAGAUCGCGGGCAGCCUUUCGAACUUUUUGUCGAUAUCCUGAAGCGGCUGUCCACGGCAGAGAGGCACGUGAGUUUACCCGCCUCUCUAUCACCCUGCCCGCUAACGGAGUGUUUUAGAGCGGCGCGAAAUGGCCGUUGAACUUGCGUCGUGAUUCUACGAACCCCCCGUCGCUGGUCUUCCAACACCUGCUCGACUGUGCGCGUGCAGUCGUCCUGGUCGUUUGGUCCUUGAUCUACUUUCGUUGGUCUCUGACUCGAGCUCCUCAAGAUCUUCCCUACGGGCGCACGAGUUGUCUACGUUAUCUACGAUUCACUGUCAGCUGAGGAAAGCGUUUUCGUGGAACGGAAUUGCGACGAACCGAUACUUUUCAACAGGGCCAUUGCAGAGACAGAGAGGAUAAUGCAGAGUUCCAGCAAAACAGCAUUCCUUCCCUUCUAAAAAGAAUUAUUGUUCCGGACAUCGCAUUUGAGUGAAACAUCAACUAUACGUAUUUCAUAUAUAUUGCAUUGCGGGAAAGAAAACACUUGAAAAGAAUAUUGUCUAAGGGCUGCAGAGAAGGACAUCGGCGGACAUCAUCGUGGGACAUCGGCGCAGAAGAGGAUCAUUGUGGAGCUUCAUCGCAGAAGAGGAUUAUUAUGGAACUUCGUUGCGGAUCAUCGUGGGACUUCGUUGCAGAUCAUCGCUGCAGAAGAGGACUGAACGAUUUCGUCACAUUAGAAUUAUUAUAUUGUCAUAGAAGAUAACUAUUGUGAUUGCGGACUUUAACAUGGCAGAAGAUCAUCGUGGGACUUCAUCGCAGAAGAGGAUCGUCAUAGGACUUCGUCGCAGAAGGAGAUCAUCGAGAAACAUCGUCGCAGAAAAGGAUCAUCGUGGCACUUUAUUGCAGAGGAGGGUCAUCGCGGGACUUCGUUGCAGAAGAGGAUUAUCGCGAUAUUUCAUCGCAGAAGAGGAUCAUCGCAGAUUUUGUAUGCCGAAAUUCUAUUAUCUGCUUAUAUUUCGUCGCAAGAGAAGUUUAUUAUGGAACAUUGUUGCACAAGAAAAUCAUCGUACAACACUGUUGUAAAAAAAAAAAUUAGUAUGGGACUGUCGCAAAGGAGGAGUUUCAUCGUGAAAAUUACAAGAGAGCAUAGUUUCGUAACUUCGUCGCAAAGGAAAAUUAUCAUAAUAUUUUACUAUAGGAGAGAGUCGUUAUGGCGGAUUUUAUUACACAAAAGAAUCAUUCUCAUAAACGAGAAUCAUCGAUAAACAUCGCAAAAUCAUCGUCGUACUUCAACACAAAAGAGAAAUGUUGUACUUUUUCGUAGAAGAGAAUCAUCGUGGGAUUUCGCCGUUAUGGAGGAUUGUCGUGUAGUUUCAUCAUAGAAGAGGAUCGACGCAUAAAAAUCACAAAAAAGAAUUGUCGCGUGGUUUUAUCGCGAAAGAGAAUCAUCGAGGGACUUCGUCGCAUAAUAGAAUUCUUAAGUAGCUUCGUCACAGGAUUUCAUCGCAAAAAAGGAUCGUCGCGGGAUCCCAUCGCAGGAAAAAAUCGUCGAGUAGUCUCAUUGCAGGAAAAAAUCGCCGAGAAACUUCGUCGCAGAAGAGGAUCGUCGUGGGACUUCACUGCAGAAGAGGAUUGUCGCAGAAAAGAACCAUCGAAUGACCAGCGCAGAAAAGGAUCGUCGCGGGAUUCCAUUGCAGGAAAAAAUCGCCGAAGGACUUCGUCGCAGAAGAGGAUCGUCACGGGACUUUGCCGCAGAAGAGGAUUGUCGCAGAAAAGAAUCAUAGAAUGGCUUCAUCGCGGGAUUACACAAAAGAAUCAUUGUCAUAAACGAGAAUCAUCGAUAAACAUCGCAAAAUCAUCGUCGUACUUCAACACAAAAGAGAAAUAUCGUACUUUUUCGUAGAAGAGAGUCAUCGUGGGAUUUCGCCGUUAUGGAGGAUCGUCGUGUAGUUUCAUCACAGAAAAGGAUCGACGCAUAAAAAUCACAAAAAAGCAUUAUCGCGUAGUUUUAUCGCGAAAGAGGAUCAUCGCAGGACUUUGUCGUAGAAGAUCAUGGUAUUUCAUUGCAGAGGAGGGUCAUCGCGGGACUUCGCAGGAUAGAAUUAUUGAGUAGCUUCACAGGAUUUCAUCGCAAAAAAGAAUCGUCGCGGGAUUCCAUCGCAGGAAAAAAUCGUCGAGUAGUCUCAUUGCAGGAAAAAAUCGCCGAGAAAUUUCGUCGCAGAAAAGGAUCGUCGUGGGACUUCACUGCAGAAGAGGAUUGUCGCAGAAAAGAAUUAUCGAAUGACUUCAGCGCAGAAAAGGAUCGUCGCGGGAUUCCAUUGCAGGAAAAAAUCGCCGAGGGACUUUGUCGCAGAAGAGGAUCGUCACGGGACUCUGUCGAAAAAGAGAAUCGUUGUGGGACUUUGCCGCAGAAGAGGAUUGUCGCAGAAAAGAAUCAUCGAAUGGCUUCAUCGCAGAAGAGGAUCAUCGCAGAAUUCGAUUGUAGGAAAGAAUCACCGAGGCAUUUCGUAGUGGGACUUUGCCGCAGAACAGGGAUUUUAUUACAGAAGAGGAUCGUCGCAUGAUUUUGUUGCAGAAAAGGAACGAGAUUUCACAAUAGGAAAGAAACUGAAAUAUUGUAGAAUUUUGAGAGAUAUGAAUUUAAUUCGUACUCAUACACUCUCUCCUUAUCUCUUUUAACAUCAUAAACGAGAACAUGUAAGCGAAAUGUCGUUGCACUUUUUUGUAGAAGAGAAUCAUCAUGGGAUUUUGCCGUUGUGGAAAAUCGUCGUGUAGAAGAGGAGAAGAAGAGGAUUUCAUUGCAGAAGAAGAUCGAUGCAUAGAAAUCACAGAAAAGAAUUGUCGCGUGGCUUUAUCGCGAAAGAGGAUCAUCGCAGAACUUCGCAAGACAGGAUUUUUGAGUAGCUUCGUCGCAGGAUUUUUUAAUAUUUCUAUCGCUGUAUGCAUCGAAUAUCGUCGAAAUCAGUACUGCAAAAUUUUAAAAUACUUAUUUUUUACAUUAUUAAAAUUUUAUUUAAAUCAUGAAAUCAUGAACUUUGAUAAAAAUAUAUUUUUUAAAUAAUAUUUUACUAUUAAUAAUAUAAUUCAUUUUCUUCUCUUGCACAAAAUGUUCUUAUAUAAUAUUUUUACAAUAAAACUGACAUCGUGUAACUUGAAUAUUCAUCAUCGUAGAACAUUACAAUAUUUCGCAGUAAAAUUUUCGAUGUCAUAAGAUUCAUAUAUAUCUGAAUUUCUUGAAUAUUAUAUUCUUUGUACUUGGAACUUCGGCAACAUAAAUAUUGACCUCAAUGACAUCAUACGAUUUGGACUUCGACAUCGUGGAAUGUGGAUCUUCGACAUCGUGGGACUUGGAUCUUCGACAUCGUGGGACUUGGAUCUUCGACAUCGUGGGACUUGGAUCUUCGACAUCGUGGGACUUGGAUCUUCGACAUCGUGGGACUUGGAUCUUCGACAUCGUGGGACUUGGAUCUUCGACAUCGUGGGACUUGGAUCUUCGACAUCGUGGGACUUGGAUCUUCGACAUCGUGGGACUUGGAUCUUCGACAUCGUGGGACUUGGAUCUUCGACAUCGUGGGACUUGGAUCUUCGACAUCGUGGGACUUGGAUCUUCGACAUCGUGGGACUUGGAUCUUCGACAUCGUGGGACUUGGAUCUUCGACAUCGUGGGACUUGGAUCUUCGACAUCGUGGGACUUGGAUCUUCGACAUCGUGGGACUUGGAUCUUCGACAUCGUGGGACUUGGAUCUUCGACAUCGUGGGACUUGGAUCUUCGACAUCGUGGGACUUGGAUCUUCGACAUCGUGGGACUUGGAUCUUCGACAUCGUGGGACUUGGAUCUUCGACAUCGUGGGACUUGGAUCUUCGACAUCGUGGGACUUGGAUCUUCGACAUCGUGGGACUUGGAUCUUCGACAUCGUGGGACUUGGAUCUUCGACAUCGUGGGACUUGGAUCUUCGACAUCGUGGGACUUGGAUCUUUGACAUCGUGGGAUUUGGAUCUUCGACAUCGUGGAACUUGGAUCUUCGACAUCGUGGAACUUGGAUCUUCGACAUCGUGGGACUUGGAUCUUCGACAUCGUGAGACUUGAAUCUUUGACAUCGCGAGACUUGGAUCUUCGACAUCAUGGAACUUAGAUCUUCUAUAUCAUGGGAUUUGGAUCUUCAACGUUGUGUAAUUUGAAUCUUCAAUAUCGCAAGCAUAUAAAUUUCUAUUAAUCCAAAAUUUGCAGCUUCAACAUCGUGGGACUUACAUUCAAAUUUAUGGUAUUUGAACCUUGUUCACACAUUUGAAUUAGACUUUUCAAUAUUACAGGAUUUUAGGAAUAAUUAUAUUAAUGCAAGCUUACAUAUAAUUAAUUCUUACUGCGAUUACAUCAUGGAGUUCGUAUUAUGACAUUAAAUGAAGAUUUACAUAAGUGAAACUAAAGUUUUAAAAUAUUAUAAUUUAUUUGCUUAUAUAAAAUUUUCUUAUAUUUUAUAGUUACACGUAAGGAAAAGAAUAUGAAGUAUAAUCAUAAAAACUUUAUUAAAAAUAGCAUGUUAUGAAGAACUUUAUAAAUUUACGUUAAUAAAUUUUUUUAUAUCUGUA